ACCCUGAGAGGGUGUGCAGGAUAUGGCCAGCUUCAUAGGCGUCGAAGGAACAAGGUUGGUUGAUGCAAGUGGGAAAGAGGUGAUUUUACGAGGCGCAGGCCUCGGGGGAUGGCAGUGUAUGGAAAAUUUUAUCAGCGGUUUUCCUGGAUGUGAAUUCCAGAUUCGCGAAGCUCUCGCCGAAACCAUCGGCACAGCGAAGGCCAGCUUCUUCUUCGACAAGUUCCUCGAAUAUUUCUUUACAGAUGCCGACGCAGCCUUCUUCAAGUCCAUCGGGCUGAAUUGCAUCCGUAUCGCGCUCAACUAUCGUGCCUUCGAGGAUGACAUGAACCCGCUCGUCCUCAAGGAUUCGUGCUUCACGCAGCUCGACCGCAUUGUCAGGGUCUGUGCUGCACAUGGAAUCUAUACCAUCCUGGACAUGCACACCGCGCCUGGUGGCCAGAAUGGCGGCUGGCACUCGGACGCCGGUACGCACCUCGCGCUCUUCUGGAUGCACAAGAACCUGCAGGAUCGCCUGGUCUGGCUCUGGACAGAGCUCGCGCGGCACUACCGCGACGAGCCCUGGGUCGCCGGCUACAACCCGCUCAACGAGCCCGCGGACCCGACGCCCGACGCAGCACGGCUCAUCGGGUACUACGACCGCGUCAUCGCAGCGAUCCGCAGCGUCGAUCCGCACCACACGCUCUUCCUCGACGGCAACACCUACGCGACCGACUUCUCGGGCUUCCCGGAUGACGCAGGGCGACGCUGGUCCAACAUCGCGUUCGCGAUACACGACUACUCGCUGUACGGCUUCCCCAAGACGCCCGAGCCCUACGCGCGCACGCCCGAGCAGACGCGCCGGAUGCGCCGGAGCUACGAGAAGAAGCGCGAGUGGAUGGACGAGCGCGGGCUUUGUGUCUGGAACGGCGAGUGGGGCCCGGUAUAUGCGCGCAAGGAGUACGAGGGCGACGACUGGGAGUCGAUUAACGAGCGUAGGUACAAUGUACUCAAGGAUCAGCUGGAGCUCUACGACAAGGACCGCCUGAGCUGGUCUAUCUGGCUGUACAAAGACAUCGGCUUCCAGGGGAUGGUGCAUGUUAGCGCAGACACGCCCUACAUGCGGCUCCUGAACUCGACCGGCUUCCUCCAAAAGAAGUACCGGCUCGCGGUCGACCCGUGGGGCGCGAAUGACGCCGCGGUGAAACAUCUGUACGCGCCGCUCGUGCAGCUAGUCACGGAAGCGGUGCCAGAAGAGGCGCACCGGCGGCUGUAUCCGUACCCGGUCUGGACGCUCGAGGGCAGGGUCGAGCGCAUUGCACGGUGCAUGCUCCUCGGUGAGUUCCUCGUAAAGGAGUGGGCAGAGCACUUUGUAGGCAAGACGGAGGAGGAGUUGGAUGAGCUCGCAAAGAGCUUCCUCUUUGAGAACUGUCUCAAGAGAGAAGGGCUCAAUAAAGUCCUCACGGAACAUGCCAAGAGUGUAGGGUUGGUAUAACGUUGUUAACGCUACAUCACACUGAACACCUAGCGCACUAACUGAAGCAUGUGCCCGCGACGACCAUCUCGAGAGUCAAACAAAUCAGAAUUCAUUCAUUGUUACAUCCUAGUGUUGUGUUACGUCUUUGAUACACGUUCUAAUCCA